AUGGGAUUCGCACCGUUCACCGAUGGAACUAUUCUCGUGAACCCAACAAGUGCUCCAUCCACUUCCAGCUCAAGUACGAUUGCCACGUCAGCUGGCUUCGAGAUGGCAGAUUUUCCAGAAAGAGACCUCCUCUUCAGCCUGACCAGUACAGAAUCCUAUUUGGAUCUGAACGCGCAGGAUCUGGAAUUCGGAUUCAACGAAACGAAACGAGAUCGGAUUCUGAGGACGUACGUGAGAAACUCGUAUAGUUAUCACCUGAAUGAAAUAUUUUCCACCCUGAAGAAUGAGUACACCGACUGGGAGAAGCCCUCGCAGAAUCCAUUGAAUGUCAGAGACACAACUCUUGAAGUGUUGAGUGAUGGCCACACUGCAUCGCCGUUGUUGAGAAUAGGUUACUUACACACCAUGGGUGGGGGAAAGUCAUUUUUUCUUCAUUUCCAACAUCAUGGUGGUGAUCGCGAUCUUCCGAUGCACCAGAGAAAAUAUGAUUAUUAUAAUAUUUACACAUACAGUGGGAUUCAAAUUUUGGAAGCCACCUUACAAGACAUACCACCAGAGACCGCAGAGGAUAUACGACAUGAAGUUGCACAUGUCCUAAAAACACAAAAACCACCCAAAUCCAUCUUACCAAGGAAAGAAAGAGAUGCCCUUCAGAACUUGAAAAAUAACAAGAACAUCAUAAUAACACCGGCAGACAAAGGCAAUGCGACAGUAGUCAUGAAUACCACGGACUAUCAGAAAAAGAUGAUGAACAUCCUCCAAGACGGUUCUUAUAAACCAUCAGCCAGAGACCCGACGACAUAUUUAGAGAAAACCACAAAGGCCAAAAUCCAGUCUUUCAAGCUAGGUCGGGAAAUCGAGCAGAAAACCAUACCUCGGGAAAAGUCCAGCAAAUGCCCGAAGUUGUAUGGCCUUCCAAAAAUUCACAAGACGGACGUUCCACUAAGACCAAUAGUGAGUGCCAUCAACUCACCGACACAAAAUCUAGAGAAAUACUUAUCCAAAAUCAUGCAACCAAAGACGGAGCUGGCAGAAUCUUAUGUGAGAAACUCAGAGCACUUGGUGGAUAUCAUUAAAAACAUCAAACUAAACGACACCGACAUCCUUGCCAGCCUAGACAUAAAAUCCCUCUACCCGAGUAUACCCAUAAACGAAGCCCUAGCCACCAUUAGAACUGAUCAUAGCUUUCCGCAACAUAUCACGGAUCUAGCAGAGCACUGCCUUAAAAACACCUAUUUCAUAUUUG